AUGUAUCCAUCCCAGUCAUCCUCUUUCAGGUUCUUUAAGGAAACUGAAAAGGAACAACAGAAAGGGGAGAAAAAGGCUUUAAAUAUGCACUUUGAACAAAGUGUGGGAUUGAUGUUAAUUAGCUUGAUCUUAUAUGCUAUUGUUGGCAUUAGCCAAGAUGAAGAUGGUGGUGAGCCUUCAUCGAAAGAUUGUGGAGUAGUUGCCUUGGGAAAAUUUGAUGCCCUUCACAUUGGUCAUAGAGAACUUGCAAUCCAAGCAUCAAAAGUUGGGACCGCUUUCCUUCUAUCUUUCCUUGGAAUGGCGAAUUGCUUGGAUGGGAACCUAGGUAUAGAAUUCCAGAUUGACUUCUCGAAAGUUAGGUCUCUCAAUCCGCAUCAGUUUGUUGAGAAGCUAUCUAAGGAGCUUGUAGUACGGGGCGUGGUUGCAGGUAACAGAAGUCUGCGAAUAGCUGAAAAAUACAGGUUCGGAUACAGGGCUUCUGGCAAUGGAUCCGACCUAAUUAGGUUGUGCGAAGAGUAUGGCAUGGAAGCUUACAUAAUCAGAUCUCUGAUGGACAAGAACCAAUGA